AUGAUAUAUGAAAAUCUAGAUUUAUCUAGGUGCUUUCCAGCAGCUAUGGAAGCGUUUGUGUAUUCAAAUUCCAUAUAUAUUAAAAUGGCGUUGCAAAUUAACCCUUUUCCCAAUUCCUGUAGCCAAAGGCUUCAUAACACCAAGAACUGAGAAGAAAAGUACUCAAUAAGUGUAUCUGGUAAUAAUUUGGGCCAAUUUGUUGGAGUAGCAAUGCAUGGCUGCUAGCCUUAGCCUGCUUUCGAAUAAGUCUUUUUCCUCAUAUGGAGGCUGAACUUGGACUAGAAAGAGAAAGUUUAGUAUUGCCUAGGACAUCUACUAUGUCAAUUGAGGAGCUCUUUAGCACGGCACCAUGCGUUGUGUCUAUGCUUCGGGUUCUAUAUUUUUCAACAAAGAAACGAGAAAUUCUAUUUUUCGAAUUUUUGAAAGGCAACCUAAGCUAAAGCGGCAUAGUGAUCUAGAGUCUCCUCCAAUUUCUGGUUAGAGACCUCUGUCCAAAAAAUUAAUCACCGUAAUGUCGUGUAUGAACUGGUCAGCAAGCACUGAUGCGUUAAUGGAGGUUUUUAUUUGCUUUCAGGCUCCUUAGAUACUUCUCAAUGAUUAUUAAAUUUAAACGCAUUCAAAUUCAGCUUCUAUGAAUUUCGCGCCAAAUCUUUUUCCUUUUUACUAUGUCAAUCCAAUGUUUAACCAGUCUUCUACAUUCCCACAAGCAGUUUCACCAAUAAUAUCAGAGAACCAGAACGUAGAUAUUAUUGAAAACCCAGAAGAAAAACUCCCAGAUCCAAGAACUUUAUUAGCAAGAAGAAGGCUCAACAGGUCCUUGAAAAAUAAGAGGUGAACAUUUGAAGAAGAUACACAGCUGAUAGGCCUAAUAAAAACCUAUUCUUUAGAUUGAUAUAAAAUUUCUGCAAAAAUGAAAGAUCGAGCUCCAGAUGCUUUAAAAAGCUUGAAAUAAUUAAUUUAAUUUUUGAUGAUUCAGCCAGAUUAUGGGCACAGAAUUGUCUAAGGAAAGACAAAUAUCCAGCUUGUAAGAGAGAUUGUUAGCAUAAAUAUACCAGAAAAAUAAAAUUUUAAAACGCCAUUUAUUUAUUAUACUUUAAAAAACAGAUUUUAUGGAGUAUUAAAAAAGAACUUACCAGCUCAAUUAAUUAAAGAGUUGGAUUAUUCGAUUAGGACUACAAGGCAGAUAAAGAAAGAUUCUAAUAUAAAACCUUAUAUUGCUGAUGAAUGAGCAGAAGAAACAAACACAAAAAUAAUAGAAAGUAGCAUAAAAGAAUUAGAAGCAGAUUUACAGCAUUCCGAAGCGUUGCCAAAAAAUGAAAAAAAAAUUCUUUUAAGCCUUUUUAGAACUAAUCUGUAACAAAUUUAUAAAAAAAUGAAUAAAACUCAUUUUUACCUUUAUUUGGUAAUUAAUAUAGCAAGAUAUAGAAAAACUCAAAGGAAAUAUGGAUAAAUUAGAAGAGCAUUUGAGCCUUGUAAGAAAUCAGAUCAUUACAUUAAGCACAAAAUCGCUUGCUAGUAAUUAA